AUGAAUCGCGGAACGAAUCAUUUGAGAGUCAGUCAAGAAGUAAGGUAAUAAAAACUGCUUAUUAUUACGAAAUAAUAGUAUUUUUACAUCAUGUAUGUACAUAAACUUGUUGUCGGACACUCCAUAAACCAAAAUAAGCCCUUAAAAAUAUUGAGGAAUGUACUCUUUAACAGUUAACGUUACUAUGUGUGGAAAGCGUUUAAUGUUAACAUUACACAAAAUCAUAAUUUCAUUUUUGACUAAGGUGGCUUUUAGGGGGGUUUGCAACUCUUAAAAUGCAAUAGAACGCACUAAAACAACAAAACUAACAAGUUAUAAAGUAGGACUUGGUUAAAAUCACGCAAAAAGAAAUAAAUACACAUUAACGUUACCAUCAACCGAGACCUACUUUUUAAGAUAAACAUUUUAAAGAUUACUGUUAAAUGAUUACCGGUCUGCUCCCAAAUGUGGUCAAUAUUAAUACAUUAAAAAAUGUAAUGCUAGAACUUACACAUAUUAAUAUUAUUAUAUAAAUAAAUAUGCAUCUUACCUGCUUCGCCUCUCCAAAACUGGCGGUUAGGCUGAGGUGAGGUGAUGUCCUAUCACGUGCGCAGCUGCUCUACUUUGUGCUUAGAAGGUGUAUCCUUGCGCGAAUUCUAAAAUUUCUAAGAUAUAAAAUCUUCAUAACUAGGGCUGUCACGAUUAUUAAAUAAUCGUCUCAUUGCGAUUGUUUGACCUCAUCGCGAUGAUUUCAGAUCAUCGCAAUUAUCGCACAUCUCUAUAGAAGACACUAGGGGGAGCUGCAUAUUGCAUAUUUUAGUGUAUAUAUUGUUACUAAAGCAUGGUAAUACUUGUAAAAUGUACCACCACAACACAAUCACUUAAAAAAAAAACUAAAACAUAUACAAAUUACCCGCAGUACAAUUUAAUAUUAUUUAAGCAAAUCUCAGUGUGAAAACCAGUCUACCAAAAUUUCAUUAACACACAAGUAAAAUUUUACUGUAGUCUUGCAAGUGAGAAAAAAACAUACUAGAAGCUUUUCUAUGACUGAUAGUAUUUUAAUGGUGGCUUCAAUUCACACCUGAUCAAUUUACUUCAUUUACAAGUAUUUGGUGGUUGUAUUAUUGACAGGUAAAAGCCUAAACCUUAAAUAUAUGAUGACCCAAUUUUUUCAGAUGUAUUUCCAAGAAAAAAACAUAGUCUUGUAUUCAGAACAAUAUGGUCGUUUCAAUCGCAGAAUCAAAAAUGAAUGAGAAUUAAAUGUCAAUGCUCAAAAACAGACAAUUAAUCGUCAUAAUCGCCAAAGCCCUAAAACACAAUUAAUCACCAUAAUCGCAAUGAUUCAUUAGACAAUUAAUCGUCAAUCAAAUUUCAUAAUCGUGACAGCCCUAUUCAUAACUGGCAUGUAAAUAUGUGCGUAGGCUACUAAAAGAAAGAAUGUAUUAUAUGAUGUUAUCAUACUAUAUUAUGAGAAUAAAUGCGUAACAAAACACUGAAUGCAGCAGAACUACUUUAACAAGCGGAACUAGAUUGGUCAGUCACAGUAGUGAUGUCUGAUUCUGAUGCACGAACUGAUUCUUUCAGAUAGAAAACUAACUCACCAGCUCUUUUACGCCAACACGCAGUCGAAGUACUUUUAAAACAUAUCGCGUCGUGGACGCAUUUCUAUUUGAACAGCAGAGCAUUCAUUUCGUUCGUUUGUGUUUAAUAAGAGACAGCCUUGUGUUGUUUCUUUAACCCCUUUGAAAUCCAUCGUACCGCUGGCGCCACACUGCAUGUUUAUGGGUUAACUUUGUGACAUUAAAAAAACUCACGAAACAAAAAUCUAAACAUGUCACAUAUCUUUGGAAAGCUGAGAUUCUUGUGAUUCAAAUAAUGUAAACCAUUUAGGGGAACGAUCAACACAGAAGGUACAAUCAGUGUCUUUGUCAGACCACCAACAAUCAAAUAAACAACGACUAAACUGACGGAACUCACCUAUGAAGCCUCCCGAUUGCCCAAUGAUUCAUAAAAUUUCAACAAAAACGGUGUUGUUACACUGUAAAGGCUCCAGUCGAUCUAAUUCAAUGAAAUAUUUAGCCCAAAAAACAUUUAUAUAUCCAUAAACAUCCAUGGAAUGUGGUAGUGUCGUUUCAAGUUAGCCGAAAGAGCAAUCAAAUCUUCAAUGUUUUCUGCGGUGUAGCUUCUUUUCUAUUGUAAACAAUACGGAUUUGUUGAUGUCAAAAUGGCCGCUGACCCCUGCACUUUGAAUUGACACCUCAUUUUAACCAAUAGGUGAAUCUAAGGGGUGUCAUUAGGCAUCAAUAGCCAAGGAGCGACCUGGAUGACCAAUGACACCGCCCUCAAUUUGAUGGACAACAGAUCGAUCUAAUCGCAUCAGAAUUUGCACAUGACUGUCUUGUAUGAUAGCCAAUGAGCUUCUGAAAAGAUUAAUAUGCAGCUUUAGUGGGAAGAUUCAAUCUAUCAUGCAAAAAAGUCUGUGCGCAAAUUACUUUAGUGACACGUGCGCCCGUGCGUAAAGAGAGCGUUGUAGAGUUUACAAGUGAAAGUUAGCGUUGAGAGAUUAUACAGGUGAAAAAUGGCAAAAAGGAUGAUAAAAACAAAGUUUACACUUGACGAAGUUGUUGAAGAAUGUACUCGGCGUAACAGUGAUCAAUCAGAGGAUGACAUUUCAGACGAAGAGAGCGAUGUUUCAUCCAUUGACACGGUUGCAGAGGACCUGUUUUUGGAUGGCGGAGACGUCACUCUCGACAAACAAUCAAAUGAAACGGAUGAAGACUGGGAGCCAAGCAGCAAAAAGCCAUAUACCAACAGGCAAGAUGACAGCACCUCAUCGGAAGAUAAGCCCCAAACCUCACCUACCCAGAGAGAUUCUGCCAGCAAAAGACCAAGAGGCAAAGGACGGGCUAGAGGAAGAGGCAAAGGACGGGCUAGAGGAAGAGGCAAAGGACGGGCUAGAGGAAGAGGGAGAACUGCCAGCACCAGUGGUCAAGCUGAGAUGUCAAUCCCCACAUCUGAAGAGAGAUGGAAUGAUGUUGAUGUUCCAGAUGUGACACCACCACAACCCACCUUCAGACCCACCAAAUCACCAGGCCCCCAGCUCAUACGUACAGCUAACUACACAGCUUUACAGCUUUUUCAACUUUUUUUUACAAACUCUGUGUUACUGACAAUAAUUAAAAACACCAAUGACUUUGGCUCAACUCAUCACUCAAAUCCCUCCAACCCAUGGAUUGACGUAACAGUGCAGGAUAUGCUGGCAUUCAUGGCCAUGGUAAUUUAUAUGGGUCUAAUAAAACUCCCGUCCAUAACUGAUUACUGGAGAGAAAGUCAUCUGUACAGCUUGCCGUUCCCUAAAACGCUUCUUACCGGAAAGAAGUUUCUCAGGAUCUGCCACUCCCUUCACCUCAGUAGCUUGGUGGAUGAUGCUGCUAACGAGCAGAGAAGAGGUACCUCAGAAUUUGAUCGUCUUUGCAAAAUCAAGCCACUAUACAGUGAGAUUAGGGAUGCAUGCAAAAUAAACUAUCACCCUGGCCAGGAAAUUUCAAUUGAUGAGCGGAUGGUUGCCUCUAAAGCGCGUAUCGGGAUUAAACAGUUCAUGAAAAAUAAGCCUUGUCGCUGGGGUUAUAAACUUUUCGUACUGGCGGACUCGAGCAAUGGGUACACAUGGGACUUUUUUGUGUAUGAAGGAAAGCUGCAGGGAAACAGUGGGAAAGGACUCAGUUAUGAGUCAGUAAUGGAGCUUGUUGACACACAGUUGCUUGGCACGGGUUACAAGCUCUUUGUUGACAAUUUUUAUACAAGUCCCUCCCUUUUCUGUGAUCUCCUUCAAAAGAGGAUCUGGGCAUGCGGAACGAUACGCACAAACAGAAUUGGUUUUCCAAAAACCAAAAUAAACACUCUGGUUUCGAAAUCUUUGCGUGGGAGCAUACGGUGGAUCAGAAAGGACUCCCUCCUCUUUGUGCAAUGGCGAGACACAAGGGAUGUUUUUAUGUGCACAACACUCCACACAGCCCAUGGGGGGGACACUGUUCAGAGAAGAGUGAAAGAUGCAGAUGGGCACUGGGUUUUGAAGAACAUCUCUGUUCCACCAGCAGUGAAGGAGUACAACCGGUUCAUGGGUGGAGUGGAUCUUUCAGAUUCGCUGAUCAAUUAUUACAAAGUCAUCCACAAGACCCAGAGGUGGUAUAAGACAUUGUUUUAUCACUUUAUGGACAUUGCUAUUGUGAAUGCGUUCUUGCUUUACAAGGAUCUUACCAAAGGUAAAGGAGAGGUACCCAUGCACCAAAAGGCAUUCAGAGAGACACUUGUUGAGGAGCUGGCAGCAGCAGCAAAAAUUCCUGCUCCAUCGUCCACUCCACGCAGCAAACAUCACAAGCCUGUGCAUAUCACUGCACAUAGCACCAUGGGUCGUCUGAGGUGCAGACAGUGCCAAGCAAAGACACCAGUGAAGUGCUCCUCCUGUGACAUACCGUUGUGCUUUGUGCCAAAUCGUGAUUGUUACAAUGAGUGGCAUGAUGCCAAUAACUUGUAAAAUAUAAUUGUAAAAUGUGUAAAUAGUUAUGGUCUUACAUAUUGACUUAUAUAUGGUUUUAUAUAAGGUCUUCAUUGAUAGAUAGAUAUAUGUGGUCUUAUGUUAACUUUUAAUACCAUAGCACUUGUUUUGUAUCUGUACACACUAUAACUUGUUUAUGCUUCAGUUACUAUGUGUCAGCAAUUACUGACAGUGAAUCUGGAUGAGAGAUUGAAUAGCACUUAGUGUAACCUUUCACUGGUGCCCAAAAUUAUGACUGUACAAUAAAGCAUUCAAAAAUAGCAGCAUUUUAUGUGUUAACAUUCAAUGUGCUUAAAAGGGGUCAUUUGGAGUCACCAAAUGGCCUUUUUUGGGAAGCGCCUAGAUAUAAACUUAGAAAAUUAGUGUUUUUACAUACACUUAUCUAAGGUAUUGUUAUCAAAUUUGAAACUACGCUUGCUAAGGCUUCGUUCUGUGAUCCCAAUGUGUUUUCAAGCUAAUACCUCCCAGUUGUAGUCAUCUGCAGGCAUUUUUUAACAAAAAAAAUUUAGGCGGAAUAUACUUAUUUCCCUUUUCAAUGUGUUCAAAGUUCUAUUACUCAAUACCAGUAAGACUUGCAGUGAUUCUGACUGUUAAUGAACAAACCUCAAAGUGUCUCCUUUCAAAAUAUGCACAAACCAUACAUGUACUCCAAAGGGUUAAAGAACAGAAUACAGUUUACUUUGGGCAUGCCUUUUUUAGGCGUUUUAGGUUAAUUUUACAGGAAUGCUAAGGGGUUAAUCAUGCUGCUUUUAUCAGUGGCUCUGGCUCCUGGGCACAAUCUUCACGAGUGCCUCAAUCUAUCACGCUAUCAUAGAAACUAUUCGUUCCAGUGAAACAACAAAACAAAACGGACAGGAACAUGUCUCUGCUCUUGAUGUAAAAUCACACGAAUAUUUUCAUUUUUUCCUGUCUAAAGGACUUUAUAUACUUUAUAUUAAAUUAUAUACCGAUACCU